AUGGCUCGAGGUCAAAAGGGUAAAGUCCGUGCCCAGGAACAACGCCGUCAGGCACGAGAAGAGACUGAAGAUCCGGUGGGUGCUCAGGCCACUGUAGCAGAGGAAGACAAGUAUGCACCCUCUUCUUCUGCUCGUUUCAAGGGUAUUACCCAGAGUUCACUUGCUGGGACAGCCAGUAAUCCCCAAGAGCCUCGGAGAGCCCGAUCUACCACUACUGCUGCAGCUGUUUCAUAUAUGAGCUCUAAUGAAAAUGUCAGCAACCAAGUGGAGGAAAGGCCAAGAUGCACACAAGACCCAGAAGCCACAGAAAACUUCCACAGAGGCCCUGUAGAUGAGAAAGUAGUUAUGCUGGUGCAUUACCUGCUAUAUAAGUAUGAAAUUGAAGAGCCCAUUACAAAGGCAGAUAUGAUGAGAAAUGUAAUCCAAAUAUAUAAGAAGCACUUUCCUGAGAUUCUGAGGAGAGCUUCUGAGCACUUGGAGCUGAUCUUUCGCCUUGACAUCAAAGAAGCAGAUCCCAAUAGGCACAUCUAUGUCCUCAUCAACAAACUGGAUAUGAGCUAUGAUGGAAGCCUGAGUGAUGACGGAGGUUUGCCCAAGACAGGCCUGCUGAUGACUAUCCUGGGCGUGAUCUUCAUGAAGGGCAAUUGCGCUGCUGAGGAGCAAGUCUGGGAAGUGUUAAAUAUGAUGAGAAUAUAUGAUGGGAAGAAGCACUUCAUCUAUGGGGAGCCCAGGAAACUCAUCACCAAAGAUCUGGUGAAGGAAAAGUACCUGGAGUACCAACAGGUACCCAGCAGUGAUCCUCCACACUAUGAAUUCCUGUGGGGUCCAAGAGCCCACGCUGAAACAAGCAAGAUGAAAAUUCUCGAGUUUAUGGCCAAGAUCCAUAAUACAGUUCCCAGUGACUUUUCAUCCUAUUAUGAAGAGGCUUUGAAAGAUGAGGAAGAGAGAGCCCAAGCCAGACUCACAGCCAGGGCUAACAUGAGUGCCAUGGCCAGUGGACGUUCCACGGUCAUGCCCAGCAGUUCCUCCCAGCUCUAG